GUGGGAGCGAUCCAAGCCAACGCAGUGGAUGACGGGCAGUGGUCUCAGGGACUCAUUUCAGCCGCUCGGAUGGUUGCUGCAGCGACCAACAACCUGUGUGAGGCGGCCAACUCCGCGGUGCAGGGGCACGCCAGCGAGGAGAAGCUCAUCUCGUCGGCCAAGCAGGUGGCAGCGUCCACCGCUCAGCUGCUGGUCGCCUGCAAGGUCAAGGCCGACACGGACUCCCAGACCAUGAAGAGGCUGCAGGCUGCUGGAAACGCUGUGAAGCGAGCGUCUGACAACCUGGUGAAAGCGGCGCAGAAAGCAGCGUUCGAUGCUCAGGAUGACCAGGCUGUGGUGGUCAACAAUAAGAUGGUGGGAGGAAUCGCUCAGAUCAUGGCCGCUCAGGCGGAGAUGCUGCGGAAAGAGAGGGAGCUGGACGAGGCCAGGAAGAAGCUGGCCAUGAUCCGACAGCAGCAGUACAAGUUCCUCCCCACAGAGCUGCUGCAGGACGGCCAAGAGCAGUGAGCCAGUGUGUGUGUGUGAGUGUGUGUCUGUAUGUGUGUAAUGUAACAGUGAUUCAGGACCUUCCCCGGCUCCCUGAGGACAGGAGGCUCCACCGAACAUCACAUCCAGUUCCUCAGGACGCUUUUUAUCUUUAUUCCAUUUUCAAAAACAACGCCAAUGAUUAUUGAAUCUCAUGAAAUAUUCUCCUUAAGUCCUGAUGAGCGUCUGAGCUUUUGAUUAUAUUUGAUCUUCUACGUGUUCCUCUGUUUCUUCUCCGCCUUGCAUGUCGUCAUUUUGUAUAUUAUGUGUUUCCGUAUGAACCGACGUCGCCAGUAAAUUCUGCCGGUACAACGUCGCUGUUAGAUCUCAGAUAUGAGGGCGAGCGCAGUGUAUGCUAACUAUGCUAGCUAUGCAAACAAAUGUAUUCUAUGCAGAUGAUUCUUUUUUUGUAUUUCCGUCUCUGGUCACAUGACUGAUGAUGUGUCACGUGUUGGAAUCUGAGAUAAACUUUUUGCUGUUUUCAACUUUGGAUUUGGAACAAAAUCAACUUUGCGAUGAAACAAAUCAGUGGGAAAACUUUUUUAAAGGUCGAGAUAUGAAAUGUAUGAACUUCCAGUUAAUGUCAAAGUGUUUGUGUGUUCGGAUCAAAGCAGCCGCAGUAUUGAGGAUUAGUUCAGUCGUGUUUAUGUAAAGAUUAUGAAGCCAUAUAUUUAACUUUAAGCAUCGUAUUGACUCUGUGCGGAUGCUCAGUAUUGACUCACUCCAGUAACAUGUUUGUGUUGCGGUGCUUCGUACUUCCUGUUUCCUUUACACUUCAGUGCUUUUAAAGUGAUGAUGAAAUGUGCCCAGUAUAAUUUCCUGAUGCCAAACAUUUACCCUCUUAAGUGCACUUACUUCAAACUGUCGUUCAUUUCAAUAAGAAAACCUCACACUCCUUUCCUCCACUUUAUUUCUAGAGCAGAAAGAUCCACACGUCUAAUAUAAAAUGACUGUAAUCAUAGAAGUGUAUGAAGCGAUGCUGGUGAGCAGUCCCACCUCCUGUAACAGAUUUAUAUUCAAUAAAACCAGUUUUACAGUGAAA